AUGGGCAGCAUAGAUUGCCUGCACUGGGAAUGGAGGAACUGUCUGGUGGCUUGGAAAGGGCAGUUCACUACCGGCUUCAAAAGUAAACCCCCUUCGAUGAUUCUGGAAGCCGUGGCUGACUACCGGUUACGGAUUUGGCAUGCGUAUUUCGGUGUUGCAAGAUCUCACAACGACAUCAACGUUCUGCAGUCGUCGCCUCUCUUCAAUGAGCAGUGCCGGGGUGAGGGUCCAAAGACCAGCUUCGUGGGCAACGGCACGCAGUACAAUAGGGGCUACUAUUUGGCAGAUGGGAUAGACCCUCAUUGGCCCGUAUUUGUGAAGACGAUCCGGCAUCCAGUUGGUCCGAAGAAAUCCUAUUUCGCACAACGUCAAGAGGAUGAUGAAGGAUCGGAUGCAGAGCGUUGGGAAUCAGACGAUGGUGCUAGUUCAAGACACAGUGUUGUGACCGCGCCCCUGCAAAUGGGUGUACCACGCAGUAAUGAAUACUUGCUCCAAGCUUUCACCGAUAUGCGUAGGAAACAUGACAUAUCCAGCUCCUGA